CGUAUAUCACAGUGACUCGACUGCGUUAACUGCGCUAAAAGCUAAUGGAACACCUGAGGCUAAAGCCGCAGCUCAAUUGGUCGGCUGGUUCAAAAUGUCUGGCAGCUGCAUUUCCAGGCAGCCUGCGCGCGCAAAGCAGCAAGACACAACAAAUGUGUGCUAGAUCCUGUGCACUACCGCACUGCACUGCUGUCUCCGUUCUGCAUAAUCAUGUUUGAGCCACUGCACUAGAUGCCCGAACGUGGCUCGUUGCAACCGCAUAUCCAGCUAACUGCAGUUCAGCGCACUAUCCAAACACAAUUAUGCG